AUGAAGGAUGAAUGGCUGGGCGCUCCGGAGCUUGGAGGCCGGGAUCAGGGCGAGGGCGAACCCGCUCCAUUCUUGAUUCGAGUGACAUGGCAGAUUGAGAAGAAGCCAGUUACCUUUGACAGAAAUUACGGCGAUGAAAGGCUCUUGAAGCUUGUGCAGAUGAAGAUCCCCCCUCCACUGGACUGGUGGAUGAACCCAGACCAGCUCGGAAACGAGACUGACUGGGCCUCGCAAGGAAAGCUUGGACACAUAAUCGACGUUUUCAACGAAGUUGGGAAAUGUGUACCCGUUAUGUGCCACCUAAAUGGUGAAGUGAUAUUCACGGCCGGCGGGAAGUUCUACGAAUUCAUCUACAUUUCCUGCGACCUUUGUCGGAUUACUUUCCUGAUUACCCUGGAGGAAAUCAUCGCUGUGAUGAAGGACCUGGGAUAUACGGCCGUGAAGUUCAAUGCCUGCCACGGUCUGGCAACGGUACUGUUCCGACCUAAUUUGAACAAGACGAAAACCCAGAGAUGGCUGAAGUCCCUGAACGGCGAUCGUAUCUAG